CGGAAACCGGAAACCGGAAGCGGGCCUGUGAGGACGUGUUCCGACGGGGUCAGAGUUACCGCCGCGGGCCGGCGACAUGGAGCCGUUGUACCAGCAAACGCACAAGCAGGUCCAUGAGAUCCAGUCUCACAUGGGACGCCUGGAGACAGCAGACAAACAGUCUCUGCACUUAGUAGAAAAGGAAAUACAAGCAAGCAUAGACCAGGUAUUCAGCCGUCUAGAACGCCUGGAGAUUUUGUCCAGCAAGGAGCCUCCUAAUAAAAAGCAGAAUGCCAAACUUCGAGUAGACCAGUUAAAGUACGAUGCCCAGCACCUGCAGACGGCUCUUAGAAACUUCCAGCAUCGGCGCUAUGCCAGGGAGCAGCAGGAGAGACAGCGAGAGGAGCUGCUGUCUCGAACCUUCACCACUAAUGACUCUGACACCACCAUACCAAUGGACGAGUCACUGCAGUUUAACUCCUCCCUGCACAACAUUCACCACGGCAUGGAUGACCUCAUUGGAGGCGGGCACAGUAUCCUGGAGGGGCUGAGGGCCCAGAGGCUGACUCUGAAGGGGACUCAGAAGAAGAUCCUGGACAUUGCCAACAUGCUGGGCUUGUCCAACACGGUGAUGCGCCUCAUUGAAAAGCGGGCUUUCCAGGACAAGUACUUGAUGAUUGGCGGGAUGCUCCUCACCUGUGUGGUCAUGUUCCUUGUGGUGCAGUACCUGACGUGAGCCAGCCAUGCCGAGCUGCUGGACAACAUUCCCACCGAGUGAGAGUUUAUGAGUGUGUGUGAGAGAGGAGGGCUGUCCAGAGGCCACCUUUUGAAAUGUAUGCCCACCUUAACUGUGAACGCCACUCAGGAGUAAUUGUGAUCCAGUUUCAAACCUGUUUUCUGUGACACCUUAGGAGGGGGGGCUAGUGCCACCAAGAGAAGUGGUCCUUAGGAAAUGAAAAGGUCUCGGUUUUCUCUCUCAUGCUCACUGGGGGAGGGAAGGGGUGACUUUGGUGGCUUUGUCCAUACAGCCGGUGUGGGGGCCUUGUGUGGGGGGCUGCCUGCACUGUCAUCACCGGGCCUUCGUGGCUUCUAAUGGGUGGCCAGGAGCACAGGUGAUAAGGAGAGGGAAGAAGCCGUGUUUCCUGGUACCCACUGCAGGCUGAGUCAUAGCUCUGGCUUCUCGCCUCCCUCUCCACCCCGCCUCCCCCAAAAGUGACUGUAGAUGACUAACUGCGGACAUUGUCAUUCUUCCCUGGAAGCAGCUACCCAGGGGAAGCGGAGACAGGGACCCUAUGGCUGAUAACAUGUAAGCUUUUCCACACUGCAGUUGCUGGCUGUUUGUCCUUCCUGAAGUGAGGCCAGAGUAGUUCCUGAGAGUGUUCAGUCUGGAGACAAAAAGCCUGAGCUGCUGAUUUUUUUUCCGCAGUUAGUAAAAUGGUUGUAUCUUGGGUUUAGAUGCAGAUUGGCGCCUACUAUGCCCAGGCUUCGGUGGGCCUUUACCCCUGAGAAAGUAGCAGUGAGCAGAGGUUAGUGAUUUGUCAGUUACAAUCUCAUUCUAACAGUUCUAAGUCUUGCCUGUUCUCUCACUUGAAGUAUAUUAGCAACUACCACCAAGCCCCUGUUCUGCCCGGGCAGAGUAGGGUACCCUGUAGAUGUUCCUGGUGCGUGUGUCCUUAUGAGAAGGUUUUCAGGACCAAGACCUUGUUCAUUUUCCACUCGGCCUUGGGUAAAGAUUAUACCAGUACCCAGUAUAUUGCAGUGUUUAUUACAAAGUCAGUCAAUCUUGAAGUCCAUCAAAUGUGAUUAAGCAGUGAAAGUCCUAGCAAGACCUGGUUACUUGUUCAUGUGUCAGGGGCCCUGCCUGCCCCCCUAUCCCUAGGGAUAAGUAGACUGAUGGCAGGACAGAAUGACCCUCAGCUUCCUAGAAGAACUGAAACCCUGAUCAGUAUCAGCCGUACCUUUGAUUGUCUUACCCCGCUUACUUACCUUUGUGCUUGAAUUUUCUUCCUCUUUACUGUGUGUAUUCCAUUCUACCUCCCUUACCUAUUUCUGUAUCAGUAUUGGUCUUUUCAGGCACAUCUGUGGCAUAGUUGCCCUUUGGUGGAUUUUCUUAAUUGUCACAGGUUUUUUAACAUGAGUCUCCUGGGUACUAAUCUCACACCCCCCGUCAGAUAGGAUAUCUGUCGCUCCUAUUCUGGACCAAACAAGAGCCCUAGAUUUCCAGGAAAGAAGAAUCUGACCCCUUUUUAAAAAAAGAUUGACAGCCCUACAGGAUGAAAACAGUGAUCAGGAGUGGGGACAGGGGGCUUUUAACUCCUUCAAGACUAAAUCUGACUUUGAAGAAGACACCAUUUGAAAUUUCCAUUUUGCCUAACAGACGUCUUAGAAAGCUGUAAAAUGGAUUUUUAGACUGCACAGACUUGGCUGUCCUUUUCCCUGGAGACUUGAGGAUUCUGCCAGCCAACAUACUUUGGAGGAAAGCGUACCAAGUCACAGCUGAGACAUUGGACUUGAACUCUGGGAGGCAGCAUCUCCUCCAGCCGUCCGCCCUUUGGCUGAUAGGACAUCUUUUGGUAGUGCGUACCUGUAUAUGUUUCCACACUUGGCUUGAUAGCAGUCAUUCGCCUUGAACCUUCACGCUGGCUCUUCAGAGCCAGUCCACCCUACUUUGAAAUAAAAUUUGUGGAGGUUG